UACGAGGCGGCGGCAGCAGCAGCGGCGGCGACGAAACCAGACGGCCGCUGCCGGGACGCCGCUAGAGCCUGCUUCUCUGGAAUGAGGAACCAGCUGGCGCCUUCCUUGACACCAGCCUCGGCAGGCCGCUCCAGGACCGCGUGCGGAGGAGCCGCGCAAAACUUGACAAGCUCUGCAGAACGUAAGCAUCUGGUGGUGAUGGAGCUGUGACAUUCGGACAUUGGAUUUGUCAGCUGGAAGUAUGGAAUUCGUUGACAGCUGCCAACAUGGUUGCUCUAGGCCAGUUCCAAAUGGAUAUGGAAGCAAGAUUUUUCAAAGUAAUCAAAAGGAAAGAUCCAGUGAUUUUAAGCAUUCUAAUUCUUGUGAUUUAAAUGAUGAUGAAAAGGAGGAUGGAGCCCGGCAUAAGAAGAAGACUAAGGGUAGUCGGAUUUGGAAUUUUGUCAACCUCAAGAAAGCACCCUCCAUGAAUUCAAAGAGACCCCAGUCCAUGAUCCUCUUUGGAGAUAAUACGGAGAUCUUGGAGCAAAAUCGUAAGAUGUCCUUAAUGGAAAGGGUGAGGUCUUUCAAGAAGCUAAGGUCUUCUGGUAUGGCCAAGAGUAUGUCCAAAACCAAGGCUGUUAUUAUCUCUGUGGAAACUCAGGAAGAUCUUGAGCAAAAAGCACUUCACCGAAUUAAGAAGCUAAGUAACAAUCAGCGUCCAUACCGCCAUUCCUAUGCAGGCCAUAUUGAGGAUUUGGAUUCUUCUUUUGAAGAUGUCGAGAUGAAUAGUUGCGUGCUAGAUAUCGCUGCCAGUGAAAUUAAAUGGCACAAGAAUUUUGGCACUGAAGUAAACAGUGACAGUACUGAUAAUGACUGUCACAAAAUGCUAUCGGCUCAGAGGUACAUGGCUCCAGAAUGUGAGAAUUCUCAGGAAUCUGGUGUUGCACAAGAGGACCCUCAAAGGAGAUGUUCUGCGGCUGCUUCUGAGACUAAAAAAGGAAGAAGUUCUGGGGUCUGGAGUUACAUCAAAGGGAUUUCAUUGACAAGCAAGGACAGUGAAAAGCUGCCUGACAUAAGCAGGGAACCCAAUUUUCAGGACAUGGGAAAUGCAACAGAUGAUCCGACUUCUUAUUUUGACUUGGAUGUGGGAUGUGAGGAGAGUGUUGGCCACUCUCAAAGGGUUAAGGGGAGCCACUUUGGUGGGGUUCUUCGAUUCUUCAACAGCUUUGCUAGGAAAUGGCGGGGCUCUUCGAAAGAACAAAGGCCAAACUCCAAUUCCAGACGCAGAAGGCAGGAAUCAACUCCUCACCGGGAGCCUCUGGUCAUCAUAAAUGAUAAAGCCAGCAGUUUUUCUUCCCCAGGACUGUCUCCGGAUUCCGGCAUCUGGGAUAACUGUAGUUCAAAAAGUUCCGCUGGUAAAGGGCCACCCCAGGAAAGCACAGAUGCCGAGAAUUCCCACAAAGUCUUCAGUGAGAAUAGCAGUUUCAAUGAAGUUUCACCCCCUGCCAUAAGUUUGCCAGCUUUUUGCCAAACAGGCUUUCUCGGUGACUGUUCAUUUCUUGAUGUGCACGGUCUGUCUAUGGAUGUGCCACAGGUUCAAGAGCCACUUCUUGAUAAAGUAGACAACUGGGGCUUAAGUGCUGCUCCAGUAGACACCUGGGUAUUAGAAUCUUGGGUAGAAGGCAAUACUGAACACUCCGCUGAUACCCCAGUGGACCCCAAUAGCUUGGAUAUUAGUGAUUUAAAGACUCAGUAUUUGACUAAGAUGGAUGUUGGGGAUAUCAAAAAUGCUUCUCUGAAUUAUGAAGGGUUUUGCAACACUGAGCUGGAUUUGGAGGUUUUUUGUAAAACUGAUGAAGGUACACUGGGCCUAAGCAUUGUAUCAGAGGAUGUUAACACUGUACCAAGUAGUGUUGUUGAUGCUCCAGAUCUGGCUUGUCCUGUAGCAGAUGCUAGAGCUCUCCAUAGGGCUGCAGCAGAUGCAGCGCACCUGGUCAGAAUUUCACGAAUUAACCCAGACCUAGAGCUGAUGACACCAGCAGAUAUCACAGAUGCUGGGACUACCGGUAUAUUAGCACAUAGCCAGAUCCUGGAAAGUAUUCCAAGGGAUGGACCGCCCUUGGCUACUGUACAAGCAGACAGCCAGGAUUUAGCAAGGACUCGAGUAGAUGCCCAUAAUUCAGAAAGUUAUCCUGUGGAUACUGAGAACAUUAGUACUACUCUGUCUGCUACUCAAGGUUUGUGCAGCAUCUUGGAGGAUGUUCACAACCCUUGUGCAUCUGCUUCUUUAUGCUGCCAAAGCUACACCCAGCAAGUGCCAGAUGGGGAGAAUUUUCCCAUCAAAAUGAACAGAGACACCUUCCAAUUUCAUCCAGAUCCGGUGUGGAAAGCUCGCAAAGUGCAACGCCCCGAAUGCAGGGGAGUUCGUCAUCCAGUUCAGAUGAGCGUGUGUACAAUUGUCCCCUUCGCUGAAUUCAACAGUGCAAAGCCACUGUCCCACCCAACUCAUCCAUCACCAGAAUCUCCACCUUUCAAACUCCUCUUGGAUAGAUGCCAGUCUGUGCCACUCUCCCAAAGUACCCCAAUGGGGCUGGAUCAGCUCGGCCGACAGCGGAAGUUGCUGUUGAGCACUGGUGCUGAGAGUGAUCUGGGCUCAAAAACCUUGGAGGUGCAUCGUGCUGGGAAGAAUGGCAGGCGUAGAUGGAGACCUCUCAAGCCUGGAGGGGAGCAGUUGCUACUCAAUAAACUGAUCAGUGGCGGUUCUAUUGUAAGCGCUGAGGCAGUAUGGGAUCACGUCACCAUGGCCAACCGGGAGUUGGCGUUUAAAGCAGGAGACGUUAUCAAGGUCCUGGAUGCCUCCAACAAGGACUGGUGGUGGGGACAGAUCGAUGAUGAAGAAGGAUGGUUUCCUGCCAGCUUUGUAAGGCUAUGGGUCAACCAGGAAGAUGGUGUUGAGGAAGGGACGAGUGAAGUACAGAAUGGGCACCUGGACCCAAAUGCUGCUGACUGCCUUUGUCUCGGGAGGACCCUCCAGAACCGAGACCAGAUGAGAGCCAAUGUCAUUAAUGAAAUCAUGAGCACGGAGCGCCACUAUAUCAAACACCUGAAGGACAUUUGUGAGGGUUACCUGAAGCAAUGUCGGAAGAGAAGAGACAUGUUCAGUGAUGAACAGUUGAAGAUAAUAUUUGGCAACAUCGAAGACAUCUAUCGGUUUCAGAUGGGCUUUGUCAGGGACUUGGAGAAGCAGUACAACAAUGAGGACCCCCAUCUCAGUGAAAUUGGGCCGUGUUUUCUGGAGCAUCAAGAUGGCUUCUGGAUCUACUCAGAGUACUGCAACAAUCACUUGGAUGCGUGCAUGGAGCUAUCCAAACUAAUGAAAGAUGGCAGAUACCAGCACUUCUUUGAAGCAUGCCGCCUCUUGCAGCAGAUGAUUGACAUUGCCAUUGAUGGUUUCCUUCUGACACCUGUGCAGAAGAUCUGCAAAUACCCACUGCAGCUGGCAGAGCUGCUGAAGUACACUGCACAGGACCACAGUGAUUACAGGUAUGUGGCUGCAGCUCUUGCCGUUAUGCGGAAUGUGACUCAGCAGAUAAAUGAGAGGAAAAGGAGACUGGAAAACAUUGACAAGAUUGCUCAGUGGCAGGCCUCGGUUCUGGACUGGGAGGGGGAGGACAUCUUGGAUCGCAGCUCUGAGCUGAUCUAUACGGGAGAGAUGUCCUGGAUUUAUCAGCCGUAUGGACGAAGCCAGCAGCGUGUCUUCUUCCUCUUUGAUCAUCAGAUGGUUCUCUGCAAAAAGGACCUGAUAAGGAGAGACAUCCUGUACUACAAAGGACGCAUUGACAUGGAUCGGUAUGAGGUUUUGGAUAUAGAAGAUGGAAGGGAUGACGACUUCAAUGUCAGCAUGAAGAAUGCCUUCAAGCUUCGCAACAAGGAGACGGAUGAAAUGCACUUGUUUUUUGCCAAGAAGCUGGAGGAAAAGCUGCGGUGGCUGAGAGCUUUCCGGGAGGAGAGAAAGAUGGUGCAAGAAGAUGAAAAGAUAGGUUUUGAAAUUUCUGAAAACCAGAAACGGCAGGCAGCAAUGACAGUAAGGAAAGUCAGUAAACAGAAAGGUGUUGGCUACUCUCGAUCAGUUCCUCCAGCCUACCCACCACCCCAGGAUCCACUAAAUCAGGGACAAUACAUGGUGACCGAUGGCAUAGCCCAACCCCAGGUCUACGAAUUCAACGAACCCAAACGCAGCCAGUCACCAUUCUGGCAAAACUUCAGCAGGUUAACGCCAUUCAAAAAAUAAUAUAUAGAAGAGAGAAAAUGAAACAUCCAUUAUUUUUAUGAGAAGAUGCUUCCUAACUAUUCAGCGCUAGGAAAAAAAAAGAAACCAACAUCGUCACACCAUUAUUUGCAUCAUAAAUCAAGAUUCGCUUGGUCUGACAAGAGCCACUUGUUGGACUCCCAGCAUCUUUCUUAAAGUGGAAAAAUAAUACCCAAAGGGGAAGAGCUUUGCCGACUCAGUGCCAAAGCAGAGCAGAUGCUGGCAUUUGUUCCCAACAGAGGGAGUGCGUUUGCCCCGGCUAGUGGCAUUCAAGAACUCUCCUCCUUUCCAUGUGUUGCCAAGGUGCUACGAGGAACGAAGCAUUGCUGCCAUGAAGAACCAGCCAUGGGUGCCAGUGUUACUACCUACUACAUGUUCUUGACGGGGAGGGCUGGUGUCAGGUUGGGCUGUCUUGUUAUUCUCGAAUGCUUACAUCUGCUCAGAUUUGGGGAGGGAGAAUGUCGGAGGAGUAUCAGAGAUUGAGCAUGUUACAUAGACUUCAACUUUCCAUUGCCAGAAGAAGAGGAAGCUGUGGUUUCACAAAGUAUACAUCAAGGACGGUUGUAAUACGCUUACUGUACACAGGAUCUCUCUGGCAUAUAUAGAUAUAUAUGGGGAGGGGGGCAUUUUCCCACGCCCCUUUCCUUAGACCACUCAUCACAUCACUCCUUUGACUUUGCAAAUACAAAGGAUUUAUCUUCAAGAUUAUUGGCUCCCUAACCUUCUUUUAAAAUUUAAGGGAGGGGAGGCAAGGCAAAGGUGCAUCUAACAGUUGUAAAUAGACAACAAAUAGAGGGAGAAAACAACAACAUAUAUUUGAAAUUUGUUUCAGUUUUGGGUGGACGCUAGCCAUCCUUUGCAAUGUUAUUGAUAGUACACCGUGGUGCUUUUGGGUUUCUGGUUCCGUUCUCUUUAUGCUCAGUCAUCUUUUUUAAUUGCAGCUACAUUUCAGGGAACAUGUAUAUUUAGUAGCUAUUGUAAGUUCUGCAUGGCAUCACCAAGCUUAUUUUUCCUUGAGAAGAUUAAGAAUGAGCCUGUCGGAGCUUAAUGGCAUGAUGGCUGGAGAGAGGCUCUUGCCAGAGAAUGCAAGUGAGGUUGGAGGAAGAUUGAAAAUCCAAGUUUGGGGCCGAAUGCUGAGGUUUUUGUGUGUGUGUGUGUUGUGGGGGAGGAGGCUUUAAUGGUCUGAAGCAGCAGAUAAACGGAUGAUUUGGGUAACCCAGCUAAUUCUCACUUGCCAGUUCUAUUAUUUUGUUUCUAUUGGAUUGUUUGACCUUGUCAAACAAAUGUCAGAAUUGUGUGUAUUAAAAAAAAAAAA